CCCAUUUAUGCUCAUUCCUUCAGAGUUCCAAGGAGUUAGCUUUGGGCGAAUCUUGGCUCCAUCUGCUUAAGAAGUUACCUUUCUCUUCUUCUUUUUAUUUGGCUCUUUCUCCUUCAUUUCUGCAUCAACUUCAAUCUUCGCACUCACUUUUUUUGCAUGAUUUUUUAAACAAGAUUAGCAAAUACGUAAUACACUCGCACACAAAAACACUCAACUUUUUUUUGUAUACGUAAUAUUCUCCCUCUUCUUCUGUAACGAUUUGAAGCUGCCAAACAUUUCAAACUCAUCAAAUUUUCAACCCAUUUCUUUUCAUUUUACACAUUAGUCACCUUUGUUUUGUUCUCUCAUAGAGUUACUCUCUGCUUCUUUAGCUUCAUGUCAUCACUGUCGAGUGUUUUGUCCAUUGAAAUCUACGUUGGACGUUAAUUUCUUUUCCUCUGUUUUCUAUGGCUUUUGUGGACUUUGCUGCAGGUGAAUUGUGAUGCUCGACCGAGGAAAGGAACCCCAGCUGCGUCAAAGCUCACUGAACAAAUCCCAAGUCCACUCUUUCUAAACCUUUUUAUAUUCUCACUCGUCUUUGCUAGAAGAAAAAUGCAAACUCACCCCAUUAUCCCUGUCGUCUUCGUCGUCUUCCUUAGCUUCCCAUUCUUGCUCAAUUUGAGUUUAGCCAGAGUGCUACUGGCCGCGGGUGAAAGCCCACUAACGCCAAAAGCAUAUCUUAGUCGGUAUUGGGACAAGGAGAUCCACAACAAUUUACCACAAUCUCAAUUCAUUCUAUCCAAGGCAUCCCCAUUGAACGCCGUGGAUGCUGCCAUUUUUACCAAACUCGCAUCGCAAAAUGCCCUCUCCAUUAAGUUCUCCGCCUUCUGCUCCUCCGCCAAGCUCUUCUGCUUCCCCGACUUAGCUCCCAGCCUUGAAAAGCACGAUGGAAACUCAGACUUCGCUGUUUACCAAAAUAAGAACUUUACCAAUUAUGGUACAGGUGUGGUGGAGGGAGUCGACUCCUUCAAGAACUAUUCUGAUGGUGUCAAUGUACCUGUUGACACUUUUCGCAGAUAUGGCCGAGUCGCUAUUGAUCACCGCGAGAAAUUUUCCAAUUAUGGCCCUGAAGGAAACGUCGUUGACCAAAGCUUCAACACCUAUGGUGCCAGGAGCAGCGGAGGUGAAAGCGAGUUCAAGAAUUACAAUGAGCGAGUUAAUGUACCAAAUCUCCGGUUCACGUCUUACUCCGAUCAUGGAAACCUCAAGGCCCAAAAGUUCUCAAGUUAUACAGGGGAUACAAACUCCGGUAGCGAAACAUUCACCAGUUAUGGGAAGAACGGGAAUGCAGCCCCUAAUGAGUUUACGAGCUAUGGAGAGAACUCUAAUGUGAUUGGCUCAGAUUUUUCGAAUUACGGCGAGAACAGUAAUGGAGCUAACAAUUCCUUCAAGUCUUAUGGGGUUAAUGGGAAUGUUCCACAGAACAAUUUCAAAAACUACGGUGCUGAAGGAAAUGGUGGUUUUGAUACAUUCACCAGUUACAGAGAACAGUCCAAUGUGGGUGACGAUUCCUUCCAAUCGUAUGCUAAAAAAUCAACUCAAGGAACUGUCGAUUUCAGAAAUUAUGGAAAAUCCUUCAAUGAAGGAACAGAUACGUUCUCAGCAUAUGGUGAAGAAGCUGACGGGCAGAAGAUUGGAUUCAAGAUCUAUGGAGUGAACAACACUUUCAAAGAGUAUACCAAUAAGAAGAGUAUCUCUUUUUCUGAGUACAGCAAUAUAAGCUCUACAGCCAUCACUGCAUCUGAAGAAAUUACUGGAAAAAACCUCAGUGGUAGUUUGGUAAAUAAGUGGAUCGAGCCUGGCAAAUUCUUCCGAGAGUCAGAGCUGAAGAUGGGUAACGUGAUGCCAAUGCCUGACAUUAGAGAUAAAAUGCCCCCAAGGUCAUUUUUGCCCCGGUCCAUCACCUCAAAAUUACCAUUCUCCUCCUCCAAGAUUGCUCCACUCAAGGAAACUUUCCACGCCGCUGAUAAUUCCACCAUGGAAAAGGUAAUCAUUGACGCUCUUAACGAGUGCGAGAGAGACCCUAGCCCAGGCGAGACAAAGCGCUGCGUGGGCUCAGCCGAGGACAUGAUCGACUUCGCCACCUCUGUCUUAGGACACAAUGUGGUGGUACGUACGACGGAAAAUGUGAAAGGAUCUAAGAAGGACAUCUUGAUCGGUUCGGUCAAAGGGAUCAAUGGUGGAAAAGUGACAAAAUCAGUAUCUUGUCACCAGAGCUUGUUCCCUUACCUCCUCUAUUACUGCCACUCGGUUCCCAAAGUUCGGAUCUACGAAGCGGAGAUCUUUGAUCCAAAUAGCAAGGCGAAGAUCAACCACGGUGUUGCCAUUUGUCACUUAGAUACAUCGGCUUGGAGCCCCACCCACGGAGCUUUCUUGGCAUUGGGUUCGGAUCCGGGUCAGAUCGAGGUAUGUCAUUGGAUUUUCGAGAAUGAUAUGACUUGGACCACCGCAGAUGAAUAAACUAGGAGAGAAAGGUUAGUUUUAUCUAAAAAGAGUUAAUCAGUAGCUCAAUCUUUAGAGUAUGUGUCCUUGUAAGUCGUGAGUUUUACUUAUUAGAGACAAAACUACGUUGUUUUGAAAAAAACUUAUUACUUUCGAUUAUAAAUAUCUCAUAAAUAAUCAAUCUCUUAUGGAUAAUUGAAAUUUA